GUCCAAUGGAAACAAAAUAACGGGUAUGAAUGUUGUUACACAUACAAUAGACAUACUACAUACCGGUUCAGUUGUGAAAACCUCAACAACCCCAUGGGAAUAUCGUCAAACCACCCAUGGUAGAUAUUAAAGUUAUUAUACUUCGUUAUUUAUUUCAGAAACCUACAAUGACCUGCCGACGGGCGCACAACAGUUCCGUUUGGUGUGAAGGUCUUUUCGACCGGGGGAGGGAGGGCUCUCCAAGCAGCCCUCCGGGUGUGUACAGUAGUAGUAGUAGUAGUAGUAGUAGUAGCAGCAGUAUAGGGCUACUUUGUGUCGGAAGCAGGCCGCGGAGAUGUGCGCACUCGAGAGCACCAAAUCUGUAAAACUUAGGAGUUUCGGGGAAACUAACAAAUACGGAGUUGCCGCCAAAGAUUUGAAAGAAUUGCUCAAAAAGGGUUGCAAGUUGUUAAAGAAGCCGAUGAAUUGCGCUCGGGUCUGCACGUACGAUGACGGGACCGAGCUGACGGAGGAGUACUUUAAAACUCUACCGCGUAACGUGGAGCUGGUGCUGCUAUCGGGGGACGAGGCUUGGAACGGAUUCGUGGAUGAAAUCGCUGGACUGCUGAGCAAAGACCGGACGUCAAGUCAGCUUCUUGAGGCGGCGAGGUAUUUCCGCUCCGAUGAUCGGUCCGCCAAGCGGCGUAAGCUGCUGGCAGACAGUCUGGUCGGCCUGGAGGAUCACUCAGAGAUGGAGAGCAGGGAGGACGACCAAGAGUGGUUUGAAGGCCUUCUCCCGCGUUUCAAGACCAAGUCGGCCUACAUGAAGUCGAACUGUGAGCGCAGAAUCCGGGGGUAUAUGACGGAGCUGCAAGUCGCGAAGAUCAGCAGCCAGAGCCCCAGGGUGAAGGAGGAGUUUGCCAAGACGGCGCGUGGCAUCACAGACCUCCUGAAGGCGGACAGGUACAACGGACGCUACUUCGACCGCAGCGAGGUGGAGGAGAAGAACCGCCUGUGUACCGCCCAGGGCUGGUUCACCUGCCAGGGGGCUUUUGACCAGGACCUAUGCAAGUCCCUCCAUUCCAUCAAUCCCUAUGGCAACAAAGAAAGCCGGAUCAACUUCGGCACAUGGAACCUGGAUCACAGGAUCGAGAAGAAGAGGACGGUGAUCCCAGCGCUGGUGGACGCCGUGCAGAACCACCAGAGCAGCGCCAUCAACCUCACCUACUUCUACCGCCUGCUGUUCACCACCGACAACCUGAGGCUGGUGCACUUCGUGUGCCACAAGAAGGUGCCCCACCUCCUGCAGUGCGACAGCAAAAAGAUCUACAAGCGGGCCACCAAGACCCCCAAGCCCAAGACCCCCGGCAAGGGGAAGCGCCCUCGUAUUAAAUGAAUUGUUUGUUUAUUAAAGGGUGAAAUAACACCUGGUGUUGAGUGUGAUUAGCCGUUACAAGCCUUUUUCAAAAUCUCCCUCUACUGACAUCACAAGUGGGCAUGUCCACUACCAGCCUACCCGGUGGACUGUAGCAAACGUUGCUCAUCUAUCCAUCACACAUCUAGGUGGACACGCCCACUUGUGAUGUCAGAAGAGGCCGAUUUUCAAACGGCUUGUAACGGCUAAGCACACUCACACCUGGUGGUAUAAUGUGUCACCUUUAAUGCUAUUCUUGGUGCAUUUUAAUUCAUUUCCGUUGAAUGGAGAAGAACUGUAAAUAUUCUCUCACUAGUGUUGAUAAACUAUUGUUGAGAAGCUGAGAAAAUUGUUGCUGUGAGAAAUGCAUUGUGUUUACGGGUUGGUGAAGUAAGAAAGCACGCAUCAGCUGAGCUUCCAAGCAAAAAAAGGCAGGGCCGUUUAUUUGUUUGGCACUGGAACAAUAAAGUACAUUCUUGGACUAUUAUGGUUAUUGGACGUAUUUGCGUUCAAGCAGCGCUGAUGCAUUCAUAUAAACAAACCAUUAAGCAUAAAUAAAAGGCAGAUGGUAAAUCAAGACUACAAACAUAAUGCCAUCUGGUUGGUCUCUACAAUUAUAAAAUAUACAACAGAUUACUGCUAAUAUGAAUAGUAAUUUUUUAGUGCAAUGAUUUAGAAUCUCAAUGGAUGGAAGGUACAAAGUGGCUCUGGCAGACCUGACCCAUCGCGAGAGCAGUUACAUUCAGGACAUUGUGGUGCAUGCAUCACAUUCUUGUCAGGUCAAAGAACGAGAUCCAUCAAAAAUCGUGUCGCUCCCAAUAAUAUCUGGUUGCUCCGUUUCACACAAAGAAAUAUGGGACCCGAUGUCUUUACUCUUUAAAAGAGCCAAUAUUUUACUCUAUGGGGAUAUUUAUUUUUAUAUACGAGCCAUUUCAAUAUCUAUCCACCAGUGAAAUCACAAGUUGCUAUUGGCACGGUCUACCUGGGAGGGAGGACGUAAUCGGGGAUCACCUCAACCUAUCUCUCAUACAUCUGGGUGAUACUUGUGAGCUCUCUAAUGGACACCUUUUGAAAUGGCCUGAAAAUGCACAAUCAGAUCACAUCUGGUGAAUGAAGGACACACAUGAGCGAGACCCAGCCAGUUAGACUGGACUGAGCCAAAGUAAGUGCAGAUGAAGGCAUGCUCCGGUACGUCUGCCCUCUCAUAGAUGGCAACUCGCCCCGACGGAGCAAAGGCUCGCAUCCACGACGACACACAUUAAUAAAGGAUUAUAAGCGGAGCGAGACGCUGAUUUCUCGGGGGAACACAGAGC